CCACGACUCGAAUCUCCUCACCAGAUCAAAUCAAGACAGCUAGACUUGAACUAUGUUUGCGUAUAUGAUUAUUGGUCUCGUUAUUUUCUAUAGCAUCCGUCGCCUCCUACUCGUCGGAUCAAGGCCUGCAGGUCUUCCUCCGGGCCCGCCAACAGAACCUCUUUUUGGGAACCUUCGACAGAUGCCAAGACAUAACCAAUGGAACCUUUUCAAUGAGUGGGGCAACAAAUAUGGUUCUGUUUUUACAAUCAUGAAGGGCUCCACGCCUUACGUCAUUGUGAAUGACCCCGAAGCAGCACGCGAGCUAUUCGUCAAGUUGGGUCAAAGCAGUUCAGGGCGACCGAAUAUCCAUACAGAGCUCGCUAUUAGAGGAGGGAACAAUCUUGCCAUGAGCGACGGCGCGUUAUGGCGAAUAGCCCGCCGACAAUGGCAUGCUAUGCUCAACGUUACAUCUGCUAAGAAAUACCUUCCGUACCAGACUUUGGAAGCAACCAAACUACUCUGUGACAUCCUGGAGAGUCCAGAAGACGUUUGGAACCACCUUCCAAGAUACAGCAACUCUGUCUCGCUGAGCAUGACUGAAGGAUACCGGGUGACAAGCUCGGCCGACCCAGUUGUCGCGUUGACUCUUGCCGAUUUCGAGAAGUUUUCAACCUACCUGCAAAACGCAAACUGGUCGAAUUUUUUCCCGUUUAUCUGGAAGCUCCCUACGUUCUUUUCGCCCCCUAAACGUCAAGCAUGGAACAUAUACCGGGGUUGGAUCGAGACUAAUUGGGAUCGUUUCCAGAAAGCAAGAGCCUCGGACCUUCCGUCAUUUUACCAAGUCAUUGGACAGGCACAAAAGUCUCUUGGAAUUAACGACGAACAGGCGCUCGCGAUGGGAGAAGCUUUGCUUGCUGCAGGUACUGAAACCACAGCAACCUCAAUUCGCGCUUGGAUGGCAGCUAUGGCCAUGUUUCCCGAGAAGCAAAGGAAGGCCCAAGAAGAAAUCGACUGUGUCAUUGGCAAAGAUCGCCUGCCACAAGAUACAGAUGCAGUGAAUCUUACAUACGUAAGGCAAAUGAUACAAGAAGUACAUCGAUGGUCUACUGUCGCGCCCCUUGGCAUCACGCACGCAGCCUCUAACACGUUCAAAUGGCGAGGAUAUACAAUCCCCCAGGGUACCGGCUUGAUUCAUAACACUAUGGCAAUUCACUUUGACGAAGAGAAGUACUCUGAGCCUCAGAGUUUCGUUCCUGAGCGAUGGGAAGGCAGGGUCAAAAUGGCGGCAGAGAAUUCGGUGGGCGCUAGCUCAGAACUAUUCACCUUCGGAGCCGGUCGCCGCAUCUGCCCUGGACAACAUCUCGCUGAACGAAGCAUGUACCUUGUCAUUGCGAACAUGCUCUGGGCGUUUGAUAUAUCCCAUGCAGUCGAUGCGGCUGGGAAGAAGAAGCCUAUAAACACAGGUGAUUCGAAACCUGGAAUUGUGAGGGCAUUUCCUGACUUUGAACUGUCGAUUAAGCCACGCAGCGAGGAGAGGACAAAGAUCAUCCAAGAGACCUGGUCGCAGAUGAGAGAUGAAUUGCUGGAUGAGAAUGAGCAAUGGAAGGAGAUACCAGAGGGAUUUAGAAACAUUGUACAGAAGGCAAAAAAGCAGUCUAGUAGCUGAGAUCCUAGUUUUCGCAGCGAAGCUAGAACAAAAUUCUGCCUAGAAAGUCAAGCUUCCUAUAGAGGGUAAAAAGCAAGUAGACUACUAAUUAGGUAUAGCAAUCGAAUACACGUACCUCAAUAACUAUCCAAAUUAUCGCUGUGUAAUCUUCUGGUGCUUCAGCUAGGUGGAAUUGGACAGCAGUAAAUGGCCUGAUCCGC